AUGUCCGGAUCAGGGAUCAAGACCGUGUUUGGCGGAGCUACUGUCGGCCGCAGCUUCAAGACUGCCGAAGACUGCCGCGAUGUUUUUAAGAUCCUCAAAGCUCAUGGUGUCGACACAGUAGACACUGCUCAGCUUUACGGCGAGUCUGAGAAGAUUCUCGGACAGGCACAGGCUGGCGAGCAAUUCAUCAUCGACACCAAGACUCCCGGAGGCUUUGCUCCACAGAACAAUACCCCAGACCUAAUCAUCAAGAACGGCCACGAAAGCUCGAAGAUAUUGGGACCCAUCGAUAUCUUCUACAUCCAUUCCCCUUCCCAGAGUGAGCCCAAUGCUGAGGUCCUUCAAGCCGUCAACGAACUCCACAAAGCCGGUAUCUUCAAGAGAUUCGGUCUCUCCAACUUCUUGGCCAACGAUGUUGAGGCUGUGUACGAAUACUGCGAGAAGAACGGCCUUGUCAAGCCGUCUGUCUACCAAGGCAACUACUCGCCCGUCGCUCGUCGCCAGGAUACUGAGCUUUUGCCCACCCUCCGCAAACUGGGCAUCUCCUUCUACGCUUACAGUCCAUUGGCUGGUGGUUUCCUGACCAAGACAAAGCAAGAAGUCCUUGAUGGCAAAGGCAGAUUCGGCAUGGAGAUGAUCGGCGCGCUCUACACCAACAUGUACGCCAAACCUCAACUUCUGGACUCUCUCGUAGAAUGGGAGAAGAUCGCCAAUGAGGCAGGUGUUUCACGCGCCGAACUAGCUUACCGCUGGGUCAAAUACAACUCCGCCUUGAAACCUGAACACGGCGACGGACUCAUCGUUGGUUCAAGCAGUCUCGAGCAAUUGGAACAGACUCUGGAAGGUUUAAGUCAUGGCCCUUUGCCUGCUGAGGUUGUCGCGAAAAUUGACGCCAACUGGGAAAAAAUUCGAGAAUUCGCACCACUGGACAACGCUGAUGGCAUGAGGAAGGCCCAGACGGCUUAG